AUGAAAGUAUCAUUUCUCUUCUCUGACUGUUCCUACUACAACACUAGAGAGAGAGGCAGAGAGGCAGAUUCCCAGCUAUCCGAAGAAUCUCAAGAAUCUCAAGACUAUUCUAUUCUAUUCUAUUCUAUUCUGCUAUUUAUCAGAUCACUACGGAGGCAGACAGGUAAAUACCUACCUAAGUAUAACAGCACAGUAGUGAUCGUGAUAGUAAUAGUGAUGCACUUGACUGACCUCACUGCUGUACUCCGUAAUUACGAAGUAAGUACUUACUCCGUCCUCGUAUUUGAUUAA